GGAACGAUUGUUCCACUUUAGUCUUAUCUUAUUUGCAAUUAGGAACGUGCUGUUCCUAAUCGCUGCUUGUCGUUCCCAAAUGUUUUAAUUGGUCCCUUUCAAAAGCAAUUUUGGUCCUUUUUUCUGCUGAAAGCAUGGAAACAAUAGUUUUGUUUCCAAACUGGAAUUAGUUCCGCUUUAAGUUAAAGAGGAACUAGCAUUCCGUUGUUUUAUUUGAGUCACUUAAUGGGAACGAGGGUUCCUAUUUAGCGUUGGUGAACACGAACACAAGUUCCGAGGUUACUUUACCAUUCUAACAUGCGCGAUCGAGGGCAAAUUCAAUUUCUAGCCUGGCUUGCCUGCUGCAUGCUUAAUCAGGUAAGGGCAGGUUGGGACAAGAUGAGACCUGCCCCUUUGUUCCUUUGUUUGGUUUUAUUGUGUGAGAAGCGGGCCAGAUGGAUAACAAGUCAGCUAUUUAUUAUAAAUACAGUAGUCUCGCGAGAAACUUCACAUAUCAGAUAUUAAAAGAUGAACAAAAGAGGAGUGGAAAUCGACUGGUCAAAGUUAGAAAACGCAUCUCCUAAACCCAAACGACUUCACUUAGAAGAAGACGAUUCUGAUGGCCUUUUUCACUGUCCAGUGCAAGAUUGCAAUCAUGAUGGGUUUACAACGGCAAGAGGAUGCAGAAAACACGCAAAGAACAAACAUCGUUGGUACUUUUAUUUCGACGAAAAGCCAGACAUCACUCAGAUUGAAUCAGGCCAACAAAAAAGCAACAAAAUGGAGGUCAGUGAUCACAAGAUUCCACCUAAAUCUAGAAGAGUUGUCUCUUUUGCCAUGUCAAGUGAAAUCGCACAAGAUUUCUUGUCCUGGCUCACCGGCAGUGGCGGAGGUUGUAAAAGUGAUCGGCAAGCGCACCAAAUUGUCAGCAAGUGUUUGAAGUUUCUUAAAUUCUGUUGCGAAGAAGAGGAGGAUCUUACAUUUGAAAUCGUUGACUUUAGUCUAUGUUCGCCCAAUCUACUUUUCAAAUUUGUUGACAUGAUGCAAGACGAGUGGAAUCUCGGGCACGCAGGGCGCAUAGGCUAUUUGGACGCCAUUGCAGAAUUAGGGGAUUUCAGAAAAGUCAAUGGAGCUUCGGAAUCGGUAUUAAGAGGGUUAUCUUCCACAGAGCU